UACUACGUCGCCGCGUUUACGCUCGUGUUCGAGUACGUCCACGCCAUGGACAUCGUAUUCCGAGGAAUGGACCCGGAGACGAUGACGAUCGAUCAGCACGGCGCGCUGCGGUUGACUGACUUCCGCUUCGCUAAACAUCUCGCGGUGACGGACGACACGCCCGGAAAGACGUUUACGGCGUGCGGCGCCGCGGCGUACAUGGCGCCCGAAGUCGUUCGCGGCGUCGGCCACGACGAACGCGCGGACUGGUUUUCGCUCGGGACGUUCAUCGUGCACUUACUCAACGGG